ACCUGGCCACCAGCGCAGCUGUGCCAGAGCCCCGAGGAGACCGGCCGCCCAACUCCUCCCCCCCCUCACCGGCCGCCGCGUCCUCGGAUUUAUUCCAACAAUCUGUUAAAACAUGGUGGAUUACUAUGAAGUUCUGGGCAUGCAGAGACAUGCCUCACCUGAGGACAUUAAAAAGGCAUAUCGGAAACAGGCACUGAAAUGGCAUCUGGACAAAAAUCCUGAAAAUAAAGAAGAAGCAGAGCGGAAAUUCAAACAAGUAGCUGAGGCCUAUGAGGUGUUAUUGGAUGCAAAAAAGCGGGACAUCUAUGACAAAUACGGCAAAGAAGGAUUAAAUGGUGGAGGAGGAGGAGGUGGAAGUCAUUUUGACAGUCCGUUUGAGUUUGGCUUCACAUUCCAGAAUCCAGAUGAUGUCUUCAGGGAAUUUUUUGGUGGAAGGGACCCAUUUUCAUUUGACCUCUUUGAAGACCCAUUUGAUGACUUCUUUGGGAACCGAAGGGGUCCCCGAGGAAGCAGAAACCAAGGUACAGGCUCGUUUUUCUCUGCCUUCAGUGGAUUUCCUCCUUUUGGAGAUGGAUUUCCUGCUUUUGAUACAGGAUUCACUCCAUUCGGCUCACUAGGGCAUGGGGGCAUAACUUCCUUCUCUUCAGCAUCAUUUGGCGGUAGUGGAAUGGGCAACUUCAAAUCAAUAUCAACUUCUACUAAGACAGUUAAUGGCAAAAAAAUUACCACAAAGAGAAUUGUGGAGAAUGGUCAAGAAAGAGUAGAAGUUGAGGAAGACGGACAGUUAAAGUCCAUGACGAUAAAUGGUAAGGAGCACCUGCU